UUUACUGGAAAGUCACUGGUUUGAAGUGCUGCAGGAACGAGGAAAGGGCUGAGCCACCACACGUCACGUCGCUCUGCACACAGCAGCUGGCAUCAGCGUCUCACGGUUCCUAAUUCUUUACUGCGAUGGAAACUGAAGAUGGCGACUACGAUGAGUACGAUGAGGAUGAAGGUGUCGAGUACUAUGUGGAGAGCACAGAAGAGGUCGUGUAUGAAACGCACACCACCAGCACCACAGAGUCCACUCUGCCUUCAGGAAUGCCAAUCAGAAAGGUGAAGAAGAAGAAGAAGGUGGACAGUUCCAAGUUUAUGACACCAUACUUGGCCCACAGUCAGAAGAUGCAAGACCUCUUCAGCCAGAAUAAAUACAAGGAGUUAUACGAACAAGAAAGAGGAAAAUCCUACGCGAUCACAACAGACACCCCGGAACUUCGCAGAAUCAGGAAGGCUCAACAACAGCUGAGUGAAGUCAAGUACCGAAUGGAAGGACAGAAAUCCCAGACUGUAAGCAAUUUCGAUGGAAAGGCCCGGGAGAUCGAACACGUAAAAAAAGUGUCGCAGCUCAUCAGCAAGGUUCUUUACAAGUCCAAAUGGGAUGAGAUUAAGGACAGAUACCUGCUCCCCCCCGACGCUCCCGAGCUGGUGCAAGCAGUGAAAAAUGCUGCCAACUUCAGUAAGAAAUUGUACCGAGAAGCCUGGGACGAGGAUAAGACGAUGUACUACCCCUACAGUGACAGUCCAGAGCUGAGACGAGUCGCUCAGGCUCAGAAGGCUCUCAGUGACAUUCAAUACAAGAAGGGUCACGACGAGCGCAAAGCCAAGUACACCUCCCUGGCCGACCCGCCCGACGUCAUCCUUGCCAAGAAGGUCUUCACGCAGCUCAGUGACCUGAACUACCACGAUGAAUAUAACAAGAAAAUAAAAGGAAAAUGGAGCCAAACCCCAUGCUACGAUGUUGCAGUUGCCCGCAUGGUCUCAGACAACGUGAGCACGAAAAAAUACCAAGCUGAUUACGAGGAGAUGAAGGACCAAAUUUACUUCAUGCAAACCGAAACCCCCGAGUAUGCAACCAAUAAGAAGGCCGGAAAUGCUGCCAGCGCGGUGAAAUACAAGGAAGAAUUUCAAAAGACCAAAAAUGUCGCUGAUUACAACGUACUUCCUGCGACGGACAACCCCUUGCUGCGGCAGCUAAGAUACGCGGGGCAUAUUCUAAGUGACAAAGUUUAUAAGGAAAACUAUGAAAAGUCAAGAGGAAAGAGCAUCAACUACUGCGACACUCCCAAGUUUAAACUGGACAACGUGAUGAAGAGCUUCACUGAUGUCAAAUACAAGGAAAACUAUGAGAACAAAAUAAAGGGGCACUACGUUGGCAGCUAUGAAGAUCCCUACAUGCUUCACUGUAUGAAAGUUGAGGAAAUGAAGAACGAUAAAAACUAUAAAGCAGACUAUGAGUGUGAUAAGACAAGAUGCUACUUUCCACAAACCAUUACUCCUGAGUAUGAAGCUAUGAAGAAGUCCUACUAUUGUAAAGACAAAACUUACAAGCAACACCCUGACACAGUCAAAUUCACGCAAGUGACAGAUUCCCCCGUGUCAGUUCAAGCAGCCAUAAAUUCCAAACAACUCAGUGACUUGAACUACAAAGCAGAACACGAGUUGGACAAAGUCAAGUACACUCUGCCAGUCGACUACCCGUUCUUCAUCCAGUCCCGCGUCAACGCCUACAAUCUGAGCGAUAACUGUUACAAGUACGACUGGGAGAAAGAAAAAGCAAAGAAGUUUGAAAUAAAAGUGGACGCAAUUCCUCUUCUUGCCGCCCGUGCCCACAGCAACAUCGCCAGUGAUGUUAAGUAUAAACGGGAAUAUGAAAAAUCAAGAGGAAAGAUGGUGGGAGCUCUGAGUAUUCAAGAUGACCCCAAGAUUUUACAUUCAGUUCAUGUGGCAAAAAUUCAGAGCGAACGCGAGUAUAAGAAAGAUUACGAGAAGCUCAAGACGAAAUACCACACUCCGCUGGACAUGAUCCUGGUUAGCUUGGCCAAAAAGUCCCAGAGCAUUGCCAGCAAUGUGGACUACAAGCAGCUGCAGCACCGUUACUUUUACCCCCCUGACAGCGUCGCUCUAAGCUUGGCAAAGAAAUCGUAUUCACUGCAAAGCGAGAAUGAAUAUCGAUCUGAUUACAACAGCUGGCAUAAGGGCAUUGGAUGGGUUCCUUUUGGUUCCAUGGAUGUGGAAAAAGCCAAGAAAGCAGGAGCCAUCUUGGAUGAGAAAAAGUACCGUCAGAAGCCGGACACUAUCCCCUUCACUCAGAUUGACGAUGAUCCCAUACUAGUGCAGGCUAAGAUUAAUCAGCAGCAAAGGAGUGAUUUGAACUACAAAAAGGAAGGGGAGAAGAUCAUUCACAAGUACUCCUUGCCUGCUGAUGUCCCUGAACUGAUUCAAGCUAAAGUCAAUGCGUACAACAUCAGCCCUAGCUACUAUAAGCAUGACUGGGAAAAGAGGAAGCGCAAAGGAUAUGACCUGAGGGUCGACGCCAUCCCAAUAAUCGCUGCCAAGGCCGCUCGCAAAGCUGCCAGUGAUUAUCAGUAUAAGAAGGAAUAUGAAAAACAGAGAGGGCACCAUGUUGGCUUCCGCAGUCUGCAGGAUGAUCCCAAACUAGUGCACUACAUGCAUGUGGCGAAGAUACAGUCCGACCGUGAAUACAAGAAGGAGUACGAGAAGUCAAAAACGAAGUACCACACUCCUCUGGACAUGUUUAAUGUGAUAGCUGCAAAGAAGUCCCAGGACAUCGCAAGCAAUGUGGGAUAUAAGCAGCUCAUCCAUCAUUACACGAUGCUGCCCGACGCCAUGAAUAUUGAACUUUCCAAGAACAUGAUGAACAUUCAGAGUGAUAAUGCCUACAAAUCCGACUAUGACGGAUGGAUGAAAGGUACAGGCUGGAUUCCAAUUGGCUCUCUAGAUGUGGAGAAGGCAAAGAAGGCCGGAGAAGCCUUGAGUGAGAAAAAGUACCGACAGCACCCUGACACCAUCAAGUUCACCAGCGUGACGGACAACCCUGUGAUGGUUCAGGCUAAGCUGAAUGCCAAGCAGCUGAGCGACAGGGAAUACCGAUCAGGCGCUGAGGAGAUCAAACACACCUAUCAUCUCCCACCAGACGCCCCUACGCUGCUGCAAGCCAAAUGCAAUGCCAUCAAUAUCAGCGAGAAUUAUUACAAAUACAAUUGGAAACAGACACUUCUCAAAGGUCACAAUCUGAAGGAAGACGCCAUUCCUAUAAUUGCGGCCAAAGCCUCCAGAAACAUUGCCAGUGACUACAAGUACAAACUGGCCUACGAGAAGGCAAAAGGUAAGCAAGUUGGCUUCCGCAGCUUGCAGGACGACCCCAAGCUGGUGCAUUACAUGCAGGUUGCAAAGAUGCAGUCGGAACGCGAGUAUAAGAAGGAGUAUGAGAAGUCCAAGACAAAGUAUCACACUCCUCUGGACAUGUUCAGCAUCACAGCCGCCAAAAAAGCACAAGAGGUGGCCACCAAUACCGGCUACAAGCAGCUGAUCCACCACUACUCUCUCCUUCCGGACGCCAUGAACAUCGAGCGGAACAGAAACAUGAUGCACAUUCAGAGUGAUAAUGAAUAUAAAUCAGAAUAUAACAGCUGGUUCAAAGGUAUUGGCUGGAUCCCCAUUGGUUCGUUGGAUGUUGAGAAGGCUAAGAAAGCAGGAGAAGCUCUUAAUGAGAAGAAAUACCGGCAGCAUCCGGACACAAUCAAGUUUACAAGUUUGCCAGACUCCAUGAAUAUGGUGCUCGCAAAAGCCAACACCAAACAGCUUGAUGACAUUGCCUACAGAGCAUCCGGAGAGAAAGUGAAGCACACGUACCACCUGCCAGCUGACAGUCCACAGUUCUUACAGGCUAAGAUCAACGCUUUAAAUAUAAGUGAGGCUCACUACAAAGAUAGCUGGAUCAAGCAUCUUGCAAAGGGGUACGACUUGAGACCUGAUGCCAUUCCUGUAGUUGCAGCUAAAGCUUCCAGGAACAUAGCCAGUGAUUACAAGUAUAAGUUGGCCUAUGAAAAAACACGAGGCAAACACGUUGGUUUCCGAAGUCUACAGGACGAUCCCAAGCUGGUGCACUACAUGCAUGUGGCUAAGAUGCAGAGUGACAGAGAAUACAAGAAGGACUACGAGAAGUCCAAGACCAAGUACCACACACCAGCAGACAUGUUCAGUGUGAACGCCGCCAAGCAAGCCAUGUCUGUCAUAAGCAACACCAACUACAAGCACCUGAUUCACCACUACUCCCUUCUUCCUGAUGCCAUGAAUGUUGAGCUGGCUCGGAAUAUGAUGCACAUUCAGAGUGAUAAUGAAUACAAGAGUGAUUAUAAUAGCUGGUUCAGAGGAAUUGGAUGGGUACCCAUUGGUUCACUGGAAGUUGAAACUGCCAAAAAGGGCUCCGAGAUCAAGAGUGAGAAGAAGUACCGCCAGCCCCCAGAUAGCUUCCAGUUUAAAAAACUAAUGGACUCCAUGGAUAUGGUUUUAGCUAAAUCCAAUGCUCAGAUCAUGAAUCAGAAAGCUUACAAAGCUGCCUGGGACGUUCAGAAGACCAAAAUCCAUUUAAUGCCUGAUAUUCCUGAAAUUGUUCUUUCCAAAGCCAACCAGAUUAACAUGAGUGAGAAAGCUUACAAGUUAGGUUGGGAAAACCUGAAAAAGAAAGGAUACGACCUGAAACCUGACGCCAUUGCGAUUAAGGCAGCAAAGGCUUCCAGAGAUAUCGCCAGCGAUUACAAAUACAAGUUGGCCUAUGAGAAGACCAGGGGCAAACAUGUUGGCUUCCGCAGCUUGCAGGAUGACCCUAAGCUGGUCCAUUACAUGAACGUUGCCAAAAUGCAGAGUGAGAGAGAAUACAAGAAGGACUAUGAGAAGUCCAAGAUCAAGUAUCACACGCCGAUUGACAUGUUCAGCGUUAUGGCGGCCAAGAAAGCUCAGGAGGUGGCCACCAAUGCUGGCUACAAGCAGCUGAUUAGACAUUACGUUACUUUGCCCGAUUCUAUGAGUCUGCAACUGGCCAGAAAUAUGAUGCAGAUCCAAAGUGAUAAUCAAUACAAGAUGGAAUACACGGGCUUCAUGAAGGGUAUGGGAUGGGUUCCAAUUGGCUCUUUGGAAGUUGAGAAAAACAAAAAAGCUGGGGAGAUUCUGAGUGAAAAGAAGUAUCGCCAGCAUCCAGACACUGUUAAAUUCACCAGUGUGCCCGACUCCAUGGAAAUUGUCCUUGCCCAAGCCAAUGCCAAGAACAUGAGUAAACACUUGUAUACUAAAGAUUGGGACACAAUGAAGACCAAAAUACAUGUCAUGCCAGAUACCCCUGAGAUCAUUCUUGCCAAGGCCAAUGCAAUCACCACGAGUGAGAAACAAUACCGACUUGCUAUGGAAGAAUCUAAGAAGAAAGGCUAUGACCUAAGAGCUGAUGCUAUUUCAGUCAAAGCAGCUAAAGCUUCAAGGGACAUUGCCAGUGAUUACAAAUAUAAACUGGCUUAUGAGAAGACACGGGGCAAACACGUCGGCUUCCGAAGUCUGCAAGAUGAUCCCAAGUUGGUGCACUACAUGCAUGUGGCUAAGAUGCAGAGUGACAGAGAAUACAAGAAGGACUACGAGAAGUCCAAGACCAAGUACCACACACCAGCAGACAUGUUCAGCGUGAACGCUGCCAAGCAAGCCAUGACCGUCAUAAGCAAUGCCAACUACAAGCACCCGAUUCACCACUACUCUCUGUUACCUGACGCCAUGAAUGUUGAGCUGGCUCGUAACAUGAGCUCAAUUCAAAGUGAUAAUAUGUAUAAAAGCGAUUAUAACAGCUGGUUCAAGGGAAUAGGAUGGGUGCCAAUUGGAGCUCUAGAAGUGGAGACGGCCAAAAAUGCCUCCAAAAUCAGGAGUGAGCACAAGUACAGGCAACACCCCAGCAAUUUCAAGUUCUCGAGUCUGACUGACUCCAUGGACAUGGUCCUUGCAAAGACAAAUGCACAGAUUAUGAAUAAGCAUCGUUACAUUGAAGCCUGGGAGGCCGAGAAAGGAAACAUUCAUGUCAUGCCUGACACUCCGGAAAUCCUUCAAGCCAAGCAAAAUAAAGUGACAUUCAGUGAGAAAAUGUACAAACAUGGAUGGGAGGAAGCGAAGAAGAAGGGAUAUGACCUAAGAGCCGAUGCCAUUUCAAUCAAAGCCGCUAAAUCCAGCCGGGACAUUGCUAGUGAUUAUAAAUACAAGGAAGGCUUCCGGAAGCAGACGGGACACCACAUCGGGGCCCGCAGCAUCAAGGAUGACCCCAAACUUCUUCUCGCCAUGCAUGCUGCCAAGAUUGCCAGUGACAUGGAAUACAAGAAGGACUUCGAGAAAGGAAAGACCAAGUUCAACAUGCCAGUGGACAUGCUGGGCUUUGUCCUUGCAAAGAAAUGCCAGACGCUGGUCAGCGACAUCGACUACAGAAACAUCUUACACCAGUGGACCUGCCUGCCGGACCAGAACGAUGUCGUCCAUGCCAGGAAAGUCUACGACUUGCAGAGCGAUGCGGCAUAUAAAGCAGACUUACAAUGGUUGAGGGGCAUUGGCUGGACUCCCAUUGGGUCUCUUGAUGUUGAAAAAGCCAAGAAAGCAAGUGAGAUUCUGAGUGAGCACAGGUAUCGCCAGCAUCCAAGCACAUGGAAAUACACGAGCACAAUGGAAGACAUGCCUAUGGUCCUGGCUAAGACCAAUGCACACACAAUGAACCAGAAUUUAUAUAAACAAGCCUGGGAAAAUGAGAAGAGUCAGAUCCACAUCAUGCCAGAUACUCCUGAAAUCAUUUUGGCCAAAUCUAACCUGAUCAACACAAGUGAGAAAUUGUAUAAAAUGGGCUAUGAGGAACUAAAGAAGAAGGGCUAUGACCUGAGAGCUGAUGCAAUUUCAGUGAAGGCUGCAAAGGCUUCAAGAGACAUCGCUAGUGAUUACAAAUACAAAGAAGGGUUCCGCAAACAAACCGGCCACCACAUUGGUGCCCGCAGUAUCAAGGAUGACCCCAAACUUCUGCUGGCGAUGCAUGCAGCUAAAAUUGCCAGUGACAUGGAGUACAAAAAGGACUUUGAGAAGGGGAAGACCAAGUUCAACAUGCCAGUGGACAUGCUGGGUUUUGUUCUUGCCAAGAAAUGCCAGACACUGGUUAGUGACAUUGACUACAGAAAUAUCGUACACCAGUGGACCUGCCUGCCAGACCAGAAUGAUGUUGUCCAUGCCAGGAAAGUCUAUGACUUGCAGAGCGAUGUUUCCUAUAAGGCUGACUUGCAGUGGCUGAGGGGUAUUGGAUGGACUCCCAUUGGGUCACUUGAUGUUGAAAAAUCCAAGAAAGCCAGUGAGAUCCUGAGUGAGCACAAGUACCGUCAGCAUCCAAGCAACUGGAAAUUUACAAGCAAAACAGACGCCAUGCCCAUGGUCUUGGCGAGAAAUAACGCCCUCACAAUAAACAAGAAUCUGUACACUAAAGACUGGGAGAAAUUGAAGACCCAAAUCCACAUGAUGCCAGAUACCCCAGAAAUCGAACUGGCCCGGCAGAACAAACUAAAUUACAGUGAGAAACAAUACAGGCUCGCAAUGGAGGAAGCCAAGAAGAAGGGGUAUGACCUGCGCGCUGAUGCCAUCUCCAUCAAAGCUGCCAAGGCCUCUAGGGAUAUUGCUAGUGACUAUAAAUAUAAGCAAGGCUUCCGCAAACAAACUGGACACCACAUCGGUGCCCGCAGCAUCAAGGAUGACCCCAAACUACUUCUCGCCAUGCACGCUGCAAAGAUUGCCAGUGACAUGGAGUACAAGAAAGACUUUGAAAAGGGGAAAACCAAGUUCAACAUGCCAGUGGACAUGCUAGGCUUUGUCUUGGCAAAGAAAUGCCAGACACUGGUCAGUGACAUCGACUACAGAAACAUCUUACACCAGUGGACCUGCCUGCCAGACCAGAAUGAUGUGAUCCAGGCCAGGAAGGCUUAUGAUCUACAAAGUGAUAAUUUUUAUAAAGCAGAUCUGCAGUGGCUGAAGGGUAUUGGUUGGUCUCCAAUUGGGUCACUUGAUGUUGAAAAAUCCAAGAAAGCCAGUGAGAUCCUGAGUGAGCACAAGUACCGUCAGCAUCCAAGCAACUGGAAAUUUACAAGCAAAACUGAUGCUAUGCCCAUGGUCUUGGCAAAGAACAAUGCCCUCACAGUCAAUAAGCACUUGUAUACUCAGGCUUGGGAAAAUGAAAAGACAAAGAUUCACAUGAUGCCAGAUACAUUAGAGAUCAAUCUGUCUCGACAAAACAGAGUAAACUACAGCGAGAAAUUGUAUAAGCUCGCAAUGGAAGAAUCCAAAAAGAAGGGCUACGACUUGCGUGCUGAUGCCAUUUCAAUUAAAGCUGCAAGAGCCUCAAGAGACAUUGCUAGUGAUUACAAAUAUAAGGAAGGUUUCCGUAAGCAAACAGGACACCACAUCGGUGCCCGCAGCAUCAAGGAUGACCCCAAACUACUUCUAGCCAUGCAUGCAGCCAAGAUUGCCAGCGACAUGGAAUACAAGAAGGACUUUGAGAAAGGCAAGACCAGGUUCAAUAUGCCAGUGGACAUGCUUGGCUUUGUCUUGGCAAAGAAAUGCCAGACGCUGGUCAGCGACAUCGACUACAGAAACAUCUUACACCAGUGGACCUGCCUGCCGGACCAGAAUGAUGUGAUCCAGGCCAAGAAGGCUUAUGAACUUCAAAGUGAUGCCGUGUAUAAGGCUGACAUGGAAUGGCUUAAAGGCAUUGGUUGGACUCCUAUUGGCUCGCUUGAAGUGGAAAAAGCCAAGAAGGCUUCAGAAAUCCUGAGUGAGAAAAAGUACCGUCAGCACCCAAGCACCGUCAAAUUUACAAGCAUCCCUGACUCCAUGGAAAUUGUUCUGGCAAAGAGCAACGCAAAAAAUAUGAACAUGCGCCUGUACACAGAGGCUUGGGACAAUGACAAGAGGACCAUCCAUGUGAUGCCCGACACCCCUGAAAUCAUACUUGCUAAGCAGAACAAAGUUAACAUGAGUGAGAAACUUUACAAGCUUGCAAUGGAAGAGUCCAAGAAAAAAGGGUAUGACAUUCGAGCUGACGCCAUCUCAAUCACGGCGGCCAAGCGCUCCAGGGAUAUUAUCAGUGACUAUAAAUACAAGGAAGGCUUCCGGAAGCAGACGGGACACCACAUUGGUGCCCGCAGCAUCAAGGAUGACCCCAAAGUUCUACUUGCCAUGCAUGCUGCCAAGAUUGCCAGCGACAUGGAAUACAAGAAGGACUUUGAGAAAGGCAAAACCAAGUUCAACAUGCCAGUGGACAUGCUGGGGUUCGUCUUGGCAAAGAAAUGCCAGACGCUGGUCAGCGACAUCGACUACAGAAACAUCUUACACCAGUGGACCUGCCUGCCCGACCAGAACGAUGUGAUCCAGGCCAAGAAGGCUUAUGAGCUUCAAAGUGAUGCUGUCUAUAAAGCUGACAUGGAGUGGAUGAAAGGAAUCGGAUGGGUGCCAAUUGGUUCACUGGAUGUGAUAAAGGCGAAAAAGGCUGGUGAAAUUCUGAGUGAGCACAAGUACCGUCAGCACCCAGAAAAGUUCAAGUUCACCAGUCCUUCUGACUCGAUGCCUUUGGUUCUUGCUAAAGCCUGUGCCAAAAACAUCAGUGAUCGCUUGUACAGAGACGCCUGGGAUAAAGACAAGAGGACGAUCCACGUGAUGCCUGACACACCAGAGAUCAUUCUGGCAAAGUCAAAUGCAGUCAAUGUCAGCCAGAAACUUUAUCGACAAGGUUGGGAAGAAGCUAUUAAGAAGGGCUAUGACCUGAGAGCAGAUGCAAUUGCAAUUAAAGCUGCUAAAGCAUCCAGAGAAAUUGCAAGUGAUUACAAAUACAAAGAAGGUUUCCGUAAGCAAACGGGACACCACAUCGGUGCCCGUAGCAUCAAGGAUGACCCCAAAGUUCUUUUGGCCAUGCAUGCUGCCAAGAUUGCCAGCGACAUGGAAUACAAGAAGGACUUUGAGAAAGGCAAGACCAAGUUCAACAUGCCAGUGGACAUGCUGGGGUUCGUCUUGGCAAAGAAAUGCCAGACGCUGGUCAGUGACAUCGACUACAGAAACAUCUUACACCAGUGGACCUGCCUGCCCGACCAGAACGAUGUGAUCCAGGCCAAGAAGGCUUAUGAGCUUCAAAGUGAUGCUGUGUAUAAGGCUGAUCUUGAGUGGCUGAAGGGCAUUGGCUGGACACCCAUUGGCUCGUUUGAUGUAGAAAAGGCCAAAAAAGCUGCAGACAUCCUGAGUGAAAGGAAGUACCGGCAGCCUCCAAGCAGCGUUAAAUUCACUAGUGUGCCAGAUUCAAUGGAGAUUGAAUUGGCAAAGAGCAACGCUCAGAUUAUGAAUAAGCGCCUGUACACAGGGGCCUGGGAUAUUGAUAAGAGGACCAUUCAUGUCAUGCCCGAUACUCCUGAGAUUGUACUGGCCAAGCAGAACAAGGUCAACAUGAGUGAGAAACUGUAUAAACAAGCAAUGGAAGAGUCCAAGAAGAAGGGAUAUGAUCUGCGGCCUGAUGCCAUCUCGAUAAAAGCUGCUAAAGCCUCCCGAGAUAUUGCUAGCGAUUUUAAAUACAAGCAAGGUUACCGCAAGCAGCAAGGACACCAUAUUGGAUUCCGCAGUGUUAAGGAUGACCCCAAGCUUGUCCUGGCCAUGCAUGCUGCCAAGAUCUCCAGUGAAAUUGAAUACAAGAAGGACUUUGAGAAAGGGAAGACCAAGUUCAACAUGCCAGUGGACAUGCUGGGCUUUGUCCUUGCAAAGAAAUGCCAGACGCUGGUCAGCGACAUCGACUACAGAAACAUCUUACACCAGUGGACCUGCCUGCCGGACCAGAACGAUGUGAUCCAAGCUAAAAAAGCUUAUGAACUGCAGAGUGAUUGGGUGUAUAGAUGUGAUCUAGAAUGGAUUCGCGGCUGCGGCUGGAUGCCCAACGAGUCCCUGGAUGUCAAAAAAGCCAAGAAAGCUCAAGAAAUCCUAAGUGAGACACAUUACCGCCAACCUCCAAGCUCUUUGAAGUUCACCAGUGUGGUUGACCUGCCAGCUGUUGUCCUGGCCAAAGCCAAUGCCAACCUUCUCAGCGAUAUGAAAUACAGAGAAGCCUGGGAUAAAGAUAAGACCACGAUCCAUGUGAUGCCCGACACUCCAGCUAUUGUCCUGUCUAGAGCAAAUGCAAUUGCUAUCAGUGAGAAAGAAUACAGAAAAGCCUGGGAUCAACAAAAGGCUAAAGCCUACAACAUCAAGGAAGAUGCUUUGUCAGUCAUUAAGGCUAAAGCGUCACGAGAUGUAGCUAGUGAUUACAAGUACAAGCAAGCAUAUGAGAAGCAGAGAGGCCACCAUAUUGGUGCCCGCAGUGUUGGUGAUGAUCCCAGACUUGUUCUUGCCAUGCAUGCUGGCAAGAUUGCCAGUGACAUUGAGUACAAGAAGGACUUUGAGAAGGGGAAAACCAAGUUCAACAUGCCAGUGGACAUGCUUGGCUUUGUCCUGGCAAAGAAAUGCCAGACUCUGGUCAGCGACAUCGACUAUAAGAAUAUUUUACACCAGUGGACCUGCCUGCCAGAUCAGAAUGAUGUGAUUCAGGCCAAAAAGGCGUAUGAGCUACAGAGUGAUGCUGUUUAUAAAUCUGAUUUAGAGUGGCUGCGUGGAGUUGGUUGGAUGCCAAAUGAGUCCUUGGAGGUUAACAAAGUGAAGCGAGCUCAGAAGAUUAUCAGCGACAUAAACUAUCGCACUAAACUGGACACCCUGAAGUUUACUCCUGUGACUGACAGAGUUGACUACGUCACAGCGAAACAGGCAGCUGACAUUCUCAAUGAUACUAAGUAUCGUGAAGCAUGGAACAGUGUGAAGACAAAGUUCACUCUUGUUGACACUCCUCAGCUCCAAGCAGCAAAGGAGGCAGCUAAGCACAUUAACCAGAAACUGUACACAAAAGAAUGGGACAAGACCAAAGCUACAAGCUACUUUAUGCCAGCCGAUACAGUAGCCAUCCAGCAAGCCAAGAAAACUCAGUUCAUACAGAGUGAUAAUAAAUACAAAGCAGAUUACUUUAAGCAGAGAGGCCACCAUGUGGGAUGCCGAAGCAUUCAAGAUGACCCCAAGCUGGUGUGGUCCAUGCAUGUGGCCAAGAUCCAGAGUGAUCAAGAAUACAAGAAGAACUUUGACAAAUCCAAGACCAAAUUCAACCUGCCAGUAGACAUGUUAGCCUUUGUCUUAGCUAAGAAGUGCCAAAUCCAAGUGAGUGAUAUCGACUACAAGAACAUCUUGCACCAGUGGACCUGUCUGCCUGACCAGAAUGACGUCAUUCAGGCGAAGAAAGCUUAUGAGCUACAGAGUGACUUUGUCUACAAAUGUGACAUGGAAUGGAUUCGUGGCUGUGGAUGGAUUCCUUUGGAUUCUGUUGAACAUCAAAAAGUGAAGAAGGCCCAAGAGAUCCUGAAUGAUAGACACUAUAAGAUGGCUGCAAAAGAGGGCUUUGGAAAAUUCACCAGUGUGGUUGACCUUCCAGAAAUUGUCCUUGCCAAGAUGAACAGUGCAAAUCUAAGCGAUCUGAAAUACAAAGAAAGUUUCAAUCUGGAGAAGGGUCACUAUAUUGGAGCAUCAGACACUCCGCUGUUGGCUCAUUCAAGAGAAGCAGCCAAGAUUCUGAGCGAGAAACUAUAUAAAGACAACUGGAACAGCAACAAAGCAAUAGGCUAUCAUCUGGAUGAAAAAUACCUGCCAAUUGUGGGAGCAAAGCACACACACAUGGCUGUCAGUGAUGUGAAGUAUAAGGACGCCCACGAGAAAGCUAAAGGUCACUACUUGGCUGGUAAAGACAUCAGUGAAUUCCCCAGUGUUGUUCGAUCUCUUGCCGUCGAGAAGAUGAAAAGUCUGAUGGCUUAUAGGAAAGGCUAUGAAGACACCAAGACGAAGAUUCACAUACCAUUUGACAUGCUGAGCCAUGUCAUGGCCAAGAAAUGUCAACAGAUUCUGAGUGAGAUCGAGUACCGGACCCACCUGCAUCAGUGGACCUGCCUUCCCGACCAGCAUGAUGUCAUUCAUGCUAGAAAAGCCAACGAGCUCUUGAGUGACGUUUUCUACAAAGAAGAUAUGACAUGGCUGAAGGGAAUCGGAUGCUACGUCUGGGAUACUCCUGAGAUCCUCCGUGCAAAGAAAUCCUAUGAACUGCAGAGCGAAAGUAAAUAUAGAGCUGCUGGAAAAGAGAACUUCAGCAAAUUUUCUGUUGUUACUGACACUCCAGUGUAUGUGACAGCAGUGACUGGAUACCAACACGCCAGUGAAUUAAAAUACAGGGAGGCUUAUCACAAGAACAAGGAAAAAUACACCACAGUUCUGGAGACCUUGGAUUAUCACCGUGCGCAGAACCUCAAGACUAUUUACAGCAAUAAACUCUACACGGAUGCAUGGGACAAAAUAAAGGCGACAAGUUACAAAGUGCCCUCUGACUCCUUUUCUUUGGCCCUUGCUAAGCAACAGAAGAACAUUACUAGUGCGCUCAAGUACAGAGAAGAUUAUGAGAAAUUCAAAGCUCUCUACACCUUGCCCAGAUCAGUGGAUGAUGAUCCUUCUACUGCCAGAUGCCUUAGAGUUGGAAAGCUGCGCAAUGACCGCUUGUACAAGGAGAAUUAUGAAAAGACAAAAGCAAAAAUUCACAUUCUUCCGGACAUGUUAGAGAUUGUUGCUGCUAAGAAUACCCAGAAGGUGGUCAGUGAGAUUGAUUAUCGCAAGUAUCUUCAUGAAUGGAUCUGCCUUCCUGAUUUGAAGAUCUAUGUGCACGCAAGAAAAGUCAAUGAGCAGCUCAGCGAUAUAUUUUACAAAGAUGAUUUCAACUGGAUGAAGGGUAUCGGUUGCUACGCUUGGGACACCCCUGAAAUCCUGCGGGCUAAGAAUGCCUACAAUCUCCAGAGCAAUAUUAAUUACAAAGCUAAAGCAGAAGAAGCCAAGAAAAACUUUACUGUGGUGACAGACACUCCUACCUACGUCCAAGCUGUGAUCAGUGCCAACCAGCUGAGCGAUAUUGUAUACCGCAAUGACUAUGUGAAGAACGUCAAAGGCACGAUGACCUCAUCAGCCACCACCAUAGACCUGGAGAGAGCCCGAGAAGCUAACAAGAUUCAGAGUGAUAACCUUUACAAAGAAGCAAGCCAGACUUUUAUGCCUACUGGAUACACUCUGCCUUAUGAUACGCCACUUAACGUGCAUGCAAAGAACAACAGCACCAUCCGUAGUGACCUUAAGUACAAAGAGGCCUAUGAACACAUGAAGGCAAAGGGGUACACUCUUCUGGCGGACAGCGUGGGUUUUGUCAACAUAAAGAAGACAAACAGCGUCAUCAAUGAGCGGCAGUACCGCCAUCUGUACCACAGCCAGAAAGAUAAGAUCCACACAACCUACGACACCCCUGAAAUCAAACAGGUCAAAGCCACCCAAGAGGCCAUCAGUGAUCUAUGCUACAAGGCCCAUUACAACAACAUGAAGGGACAUCUGAUUUCUAUGCCAAUGACUCCUGGUUUGAUGCAUUGCCGUUAUGUUAAUGAUAUCACCAGUGACAUAAAAUAUAAGGAGGAUCUCCAGUGGCUGAGAGGCAUGGGAUGUUUCUUGUAUGAUACACCAGAUAUGGUCCGUGCCAGGGAGACCGCCAAACUCUGGUCUGGAUAUACCACAGCCGCUAAGAAGAUGCACGAAAAGUUCUCUGUUGUCUUGGAUACUCCCGAGUACAGAACUGUGUCAGAGCUCAAAUCCCAUUUAAGUAAUUUGGUUUACAGAGCUGUUGGCAAUGAAGCGAAGACUAAAUACACUCCAGUUCCUGAUAGCAUUGACAUUCUGAGAGCCAAACAUGGCCAGCAGAUCCAGAGCCAAUACCUGUACACUGAAAUGGCUACAAAGGAGAGGCCCCACUACACUCCAGAAUUUCAGACACCAACUCUGAAGCAUGCCAGGGAAAUGAAAGUGAUCACCAGCGAGAAAAAAUACAAGGAGCAGUAUGAAAAGAUGAAGAGCAAAUAUACACCUAUAGCCGACACGCCCGGCCUGAUCAUUGCAAAGAAGGUUUACUUCAACGCUAGCGAUUUACGCUACAAGGAAGCAUUUGAGCAGGCAAAGGGCCACUACCGCACGGUGAAGGACGCCCUGGACAUUACUUACCAUCGCAAGGUUACAGAUGACAUCAGCAGUGUGAAAUACAAAGAGAAGUACAUCAGCCAGCUGGGCUUGUGGAGGUCCAUUCCUGAUCGCCCAGAGCAUUUCCAUCAUCGCAUGGUCAGCGAUGCUGUCAGUGACGUGAAAUACAAGGAAGAUCUGUCCUGGCUGAAGGGUAUCGGCUGCUAUGUCUGGGACACUCCUGACCUGGUUCUGGCGGGACAGAAUAAGAAUCUUUACAGCAUGCACAAGUACCGUGUCUCCUUUGAGAAGAACAGAGACAAGUUCAAAUAUACAGUGGACUCUCCGUUCUUCCACACAGCCAAAGAGGCAGCAAAGCUGGUUAAUGAGAAAAAGUAUAAGUCUGUGGCCAAGCGUCUAUUGCAGCAAGGUUGCAAUGAAAUUCUGAGGCCGGAUAUCCUGAUUGCUCUUUACAACACAAACCAGUGGAGCCAGUGGAAGUACAAGCGAGCAUAUGAGAAGGAGAAGGACAAAUAUACUUCAGUGCUGGACACGCCAGAGCACACACGUACUCAGAAAGUCGGCAAGAACAUCAGUGACAUCAUUUACAAGAUGGAAUAUCACAAGAACAAAGCGAAAGGCUACACACUUGGGCACGACACCCCUGCACUUCAGCAUAUGAAGAAAGUGAAGGACAGACUGAGCCAAUUGAAGUACAAGGAGGAAUAUGAAAAGAACAAGGCCCACAUUAACAUUGCCCCAGAUGCUGUCGAGAUCAAGGCUGCCAAAGACGCAUACAAGCAUAUCAGCAAUCUCGACUAUAAGAAGAAGUACGAAGCGACCAAAGCCAAGUGGCUGUUCACCGCUGACAGGCCCGACUUUGUUCAUGCUUACAAGACGUCCUUACAACAGAGUGAUGUUGAAUAUAAAUAUGACAGGGAGUCCCUGAAGGGCUGCAAGCUGUCUGUGACUGACGACAAGAACACCGUCCUGGCUUUAAAGAAUAAUGAGAUGGCUAGCGAAGUGAAAUACAAACAAAAGUAUGAACAGUCAAAGGGCACAUACAUAGCCGUGCCAGACACCCCUCAGAUCAUUCACGCAAAGUCCGUUGGCCCCCUCGUGUCAGAGAAUAAGUACAAGGAAGCCAGCAAGAAGGAACUCCCCCAUGGCUCCUACACAACAAUGCCAGAAACCCGUGACACAGUUCAUGUCAAGGAGGUCUCUCAGAUCCUUAGCAAGAAACAAUACAGUGAGAAGUUUGAGAAAGAGAAAGGCAAAUCCAACUAUUCUUUGAUGGUGGCACCUCCUGACAUUACUCACGCAAUGGAGGUGGCAAAGAAUCAAAGUAAUAUUGCCUAUAAGCAAGAGGCCAAGGCCAAACUGCAGUACACCCCAGUGGCAGACCGACCCGACAUCAGGAAGGCUACACAGGCUGCAAAACUAAUCAGUGAUAUUGAGUACAGAGCCAAAGCUCGUAAAGAAGUCACCCGUGGGGGCAGCCUGAUUAACCGCCCUGAUAUCGAGCUUGCUAAAGAAGUGUCCAAGCUUACAAGUCAGGUGAAGUACAAGGAAAAGUUUGACAAGGAGAUAAAAGGAAAGCGACCACAGUUUGACUUAAAGGAGAGUAAAGUGUACCAGACGCUGAAGGACGCAAACACUCUUGCAAGUGAAGUUAAAUACAAAGAAGAUCUGAAGAAGAUUCACAAGCCUGUGACGGACAUGUCAGAGUCGCUUGCCAUGCAGCAUGGCCUAACCACCAGCAAGCUUGCGAGUGAUUAUCGGUAUAAGAAGAAGUUUGAGGAGAGUAAAGGUCACUACCACUUGGUACCCGACACUCCUGAACAGAUUCAUCUUAAGGAGGCUUCAGAGCUCCAGAGUCAAGUGAAGUACAAGGAGAAGUAUGAGAAGGAAAGAGGAAAGCCCAUGUUGGACUUUGAGACCCCAACCUAUAUCACGGCUAAGGAGGCGCAGCAUCUGCAGAGCGAGAAAACGUAUAGGAAGGACUUUGAAGAGUCCAUUAAAGGCAGAAACCUGUCAGGUUUGGAGGUCACACCUGCACUGUUACAUGUCAGAUAUGCCACCAAAAUAGCAUGUGAGAAAGAGUACAGGAAGGAUCUAGAGGAAGGCAUCAGGGGUAAAGGGUUAACAGUGCUAGAGGAAACUCCUGAGCUUCUGAGGGCAAAGAAUGCUACUCAGAUCUUAAAUGAGAGGGAGUACAAAAAGUCUUUGGAGCAGGAGGUCAAAGGGAAAGGUAUGCUAGCAUUAGCCACGGACACACCUGACUUCAUGAGAGCGAGAAACGCCACAGACAUUCUGAGCCAGUCCAAAUAUAAGCAGUCUGCCGAGAUGGACCGGGCCAGUUACACCACUGUAACGGACACCCCUGAAAUCAUCCACGCUCAGCAAGUCAAGAAUAUUGUAAGCCAGAAAAAAUAUAAAGAAGAAGCAGAAAGAACCAUGUCUCACUACGUCCCAGUGUUGGAUACCCCUGAGAUGCAGAGAGUGCGCGAAAAUCAGAAGAACUUUAGCACACAACAGUACCAGGCUGACCUUAAAAACAUUAAAGGGAAAGUAUCAGUGGUUAAUGACACGCCCGAAAUUCUGCGUGUAAAAGAAAACCAAAAGAAUUUCAGCUCGAUAUUAUACAAAGAGGAGUUGGGAAGAGGAACUUCGAUUAAAGAAACUCCAGAGAUGGAAAGGGUUAAGAGGACUCAGCAGGCGAUCAGCACGAUUCAAUACAAGGAACCCAUUGGGACAGGAACAGCAAUCCCUGAUCUGCCUGAGGUGAAGCGUGUCAAGGAAACGCAGAAGAACAUCAGCUUGGUCUCUUAUAAGGAAAAUCUGGGACAAGGAACUGCAAUAACUUGCACUCCAGAGAUGGAGAGAGUCAAACGCAAUCAAGAGAACAUUAGCUCGGUUUUGUAUAAAGAAAAUCUCGGACAAGGAACGGCAGUAACGUGUACUCCAGAGAUGGAGCGAGCCAAGCGCAAUCAAGAACACGUUAGCUCGGUUUUGUACAAAGACAGCUUAAGCACGGGGACCUCGGUGCCCUUAACUCCGGAGAUGGAGAGAGUCAAGCGCAAUCAAGAACACAUUAGCUCGGUUUCAUAUAAAGAAAAUCUGGGACAUGGAACCCCAGUGCCCUGCACUCCAGAUAUGGAGAGAGCGCGACGCAACCAGGAGAAUAUCAGCUCGGUUUUGUAUAAAGAGAAUCUGGGGAAGGGAACGCCGGUGCCCUUGACCCCCGAGAUGGAGAGAGUCAAGCGCAAUCAAGAGCACAUCAGCUCGGUCUUGUACUCUGACAGUUUCCGCAAGCAGGUGCAGGGCAAAGCCGCGUUUGUGUUGGACACCCCGGAGAUGCGGCGCGUCAAGCAGACUCAGCGCAUCAUUUCAACUGUGAAAUACCACGAGGACUUUGAGAAGAGCAAAGGGGCCUUCACCCCAGUAGUUACUGACCCCAUCACCGAACGGGUCAAGAAGAACAUGCAGGACUUCAGUGACAUCAGCUACAGAGGAAUCCAAAGGCGCGUGGUGGAGAUGGAGAGACGAAGAGCGGCCGAGCACGACCAGGAGACCAUAACAGAUCUACGGGUCUGGCGCACCAACCCUGGUUCAGUCUUUGAUUACGACCCUGCUGAGGACAACAUUCAGUCGAGAAGUCUGCAUAUGCUGUCAGUCCAAGCCCAGCGCCGCAGCAGGGAGCACUCCCGCUCCGCCAGUGCCCUGAGCCUCAGCGCUGGGGACGAGAAGUCCGAGACGUCGGAAACCGCCGACCACCAUCUGUCCUUGUACAGCAACGGGGGCUUCUUCACCACCACAGUCGUGGGUUAUCAACAGGCCAAAACUACAGAACUACCUCAGCAGAGAUCUUCCAGUGUGGCCACCCAGCAAACCACUGUGUCUUCUGUGCCAUCUCACCCAUCAACAGCUGGAAGGUCCUUCCGGGCCAUGUAUGACUACAUCGGUGCAGAUGGUGACGAGGUCUCCUUCAAAGAUGGCGACGUCAUCAUGAACGUUCAGGCCAUCGACGAAGGCUGGAUGUAUGGAACUGUGCAGAGGACUGGAAAGACUGGCAUGCUGCCCGCCAACUACGUGGAGGCCAUUUAAAUCAGAAGACGUAACGCACAUAAGCCACAUCCACCGCGCCCGCCGGGCACUUUCGAUCAAAGCCACUCAGCCCAGUGGAUGUGCCUUAUGAGCUCCAUUCUCUCGUACUCAUCAGCACAGGACACUUUCUACCUUCAUGACGCCGUAACCGGAUGGACGCACCGACCGCAGCUUUCACUUCCCGUCUCGAGCUUCUCCUCCUGUCUUUCUGUAGGAAGGCGAGGGAGUUUGGGCGCAGGAUCCAAGAUGGCGACGGAGGGCCACUCGCUUCUCUCGUGUGAACGGGAAGGAGUCUCAAAGUGACACGCUGCCCACCUCUAAUGCCAAGCCAGCCAUUGUUCAUUUCUUUACCAGAUCGUGUAAAAAAUAAAAAUGAAAACACGGGCGACUAGCAGAACUUGACAAGAACGCGAGCCUCCACAGGGAGGGAAGUUCACCCGCCUCUGCCUGCUGAAGGCCGCUGACCACCUGCUGCAUGUGUGUGUUGUAACUCGGGGGUCUACCAUGUAACCGAGGGGCUAAUAAAGCACCGUAUGUUUCUGCAGUA